GUUUUGUCAGUGCUGAAGACGAGCAGAGAAUGUUGAUGUUCAGCGGGUGUCAUAGAGCAGCCUGGACGGCAGGGGGCGUUGUUGGUCCAGCAAGACUUCCUUCUUAAUCUCGAAAUGACAGCGAGCUCAUCGGCUAUGAAGACAGCCGUCAGACCGGAGGGGAGUGAGGUAUUCAGGUUCAGUGAACUGUCUGCUGGUUGUGAUGAUGCUGUGUAGAGAAACGUGUCUGAAAAGGCUUGGAGGAAAAAGUUGUUGUGACAACAGCACGAGACAACGGCGCGUGCGGGCGUCUUUCCUGUAGCUGGUGAUGGCAGGUCAAGCGUGGCUGGAGUCUUCGCUGCGCCGCUCUGCCAGGCUGGGUUUGGAGGUUCUGGAGAGAGCGUCCAGACGCAGCGUGGACUGGACCAGCAGUGCUGCGUCUCCCAGCACUACGCACACCUGUAACGGCGGCGCUCAUAUUCAUAGAGGCUGCACAGAACUCAGUGACGCCUUUGCAACCAUUGCAGACUUCAUGGACAAGACGAGCUACCAGUGCAGGAGGUUUUAUGAGUCUGGCUGCUGCUCCGAGCCCAGCGAUGCUGAAAAGACGCACAUGUCCAGGUUCCACCCAAACCCACUAGUGACCGGGAGCUCCGCUCCACGGCCCAGCAGGAAGCCUCCCAGAGACAGAGGAAAAAAUGCGGGCCGUGACUCGUUUACAGAGGAAGACUUUUACAUCGAGGUUUCACCUGGAACGUAUGCCAUCACUGCCAGUUUACCCAAGUCCCGCCACCAAACCCAGAUGGUUAGUAUUAAAGCUGGGGAAAGCAUCGACCUCACCUUCGACCUCUGACCUCUGACCUCUGACCUGACCCAACUGCUGCAGUAAACAGUUUGAUACUACA